CCACUUUUUAGAUUUUUUUUAAUAAAUAUUAAACAAAUAAUAUAUUAUUUUGUAGAAGUAGUGCUCCAAACACGGCUUUGCUUCUUUCUACCCUGCUUCCUUUUGGCAAUGUAGUAGUAGUGUACUACGAUAUGUAAUGUACCAUCGGAGUUUCAAAUCCAAACACUACCCAUCUGCAAUAUGUAUUCCGGCAACGCAUAUCCAUCUUUUUUAUCGACUAUUGAUCCGAAACAGCUCCAACUCAGCAUCGCCGCAGAUGAGCAGGCCUUCGGAGGAUCCAUCGACUAUCCGAUGGCCACUAAUAUCCAUGGUCAGCCUCUGUGGUACGGGAAUUUCAGUAAUAUACGCAUGGACAGUCAUGCCACGAUGGAUAUCGACAGUAGCGGUGGUCAACCACCUUCGAUCGGAGAUGUGAGGCAAAUGGUCGUUUCUGAACCCUCCGGCAGUAAUCAGAUGUCCAGCGAUGGACAACCACCGUCUGUCAAUGACUUAUGCAGACGAGAACCAUCUCAAAGUGAGGCAUCCUGCAACCGCUAUGAAGGUCCUGAUGAACAUGAAGUCCAGCAGGUUAUUAUAUCUGAAUUAAAUGAUGGGGUCUACAAGAGAGGAACAGUUGGAAGUUCCAAUUAUAUUGAUGCAUACGCUAGAAGGUUUGGAGUUCCACAUAUGGCUUUCAACUCCAUUAAUUCAACCAUAAACAAUGGUGGUUUAUUGAACAGUGGUGUUUGGGCUCCACCACAACAACCACAGCCAUUUCAGCGAAUGCGGACGUAUAUAAGGGUCUACAAAAGAGGAGCUGUUGGAAGAUCAAUUGAUAUUACUUCAUAUUCAGGGUAUGAUGAGCUUAAACAAGAUCUUGCUCGAAGGUUUGGUAUCGAGGGUCAACUGGAUGAUCAACAGAGAAUUGGGUGGAAACUUGUGUAUGUGGAUCAUGAGAACGACGUUCUCCUUGUUGGGCAUGACCCUUGGGAAGAGUUUGUAAGCUGCGUAAAGUCCAUCAAAAUCUUAUCUCCUCAAGAAGUUCAGGAAAUGAGCUUGGAUGGUGAUUUUGAUGGGAAUAAUGUUGUUCCAAAUCAAGCUUGCAAUACUCCGGUGGUGGAACAGUUUAAUGGUCGUCUAAUUAACUUCUUUUAACCUCUUGGAAGUUCUUCAGCCAUGCGUCCUGUGUUCCUAGUUUCUUGGAUAUAUUAGUACAAAAAUGCAUCAUCAUCGAUCAUCAUCUCUUUGUACAAGUAAAUGCUUAGACUUGUUGCCCAUGAGUUGCAGUUAUUUUCAAUUAUAGAAGCGUUUACACAUCUGUUGUUUUCUUAAAAAUAUUGUCUAGUGUCAGUAGCUUGUACCUCUACUUUGUGUUUUCUUUGUUUUCAAAUGUUUUGUUAGCUUAACUUUCUUAUUCGGUUACACGUUUAAUGUUGGUAGUUAGUGAACAAGGGUGUUUUAGUAAUUUGGUAUGUAUUAUGUUAGUUGGUUUGUUGCUUAAUGUUAUUUAAUGUAUAUAUUAGAUAGUUCUUUGUACUCUGCUUCACAAUCAAUGAAUGAAAUACUUUCAAAGUUUUCUCA